AUUAUCAUUCUCUAUCUAUGGAUAACCAUAACUGCAAUGGACAAUCUAGAUCCAAUAAGAUCCAUAUGCAAAGUGAAGCAUUUGCUGAUACGCAGGUGACAAUCAAAACGGCCUCACAAAAACCUGUAGAUAUGAAAGUCCUUGUCUAUCAGUUAUGCCACUCUUUACAUGCAGAAAUUUAAGUAUCUAAGUUAACGUGUUGUUACAAGCCGAGUUAUAUAUUAAGCCUUCUCACGCCUGAGAGUUCUCUUUUGCAUCACUUUUUCUAGUUACAUUUGAUACACUGUAUGUCCUUCCAUCGUAGGAUGUCAUACUUAAUGAUAAUGCUGCGCCAUAUACUGUAAUGCAAGAGACCAAUUCCAAUUCUUGCUUUUUGAUCUGGACAAAUCUUAUGGUCUUUUAAAUUCUAUAUUGACUUCUCUGGCAUUACUUGUAUAGGGAACAUGCUAUAUGUUAUAGCAUUGCGAAUAUCUGGUUGCAAACGAAGCGAAUGAAUGAGUCUCUUCCGUAACACAUUACUAAUGUGAACAUUCUUUUUCCAAUCUUAGUGACGGUCAGCACAUUCGGAUCAUCUGCUUACCGAGGAAUCUAUGUCGAAGGUUAAGCGACCACGAGUCGUAGUCUUCCGUAAUGAGUCCGUUCGUCUAAUUGACACGACAAAACAUUAAUCGUUUAAAAGAUAUAAAAGAAUAGUGAUUCCAUCAUUUUACAUCACAAAUGGUUUACCACAUACUUUCUUUGAGUUUCUUCAGAUUCUCUGAAUAACAUUUAUCCAACAAUAUCACAUGGCUAUAAAGAAUUCCUCUCUGUUAUGUCGUGUCAAGCGGUUCGUCCAGACGUCCUUUUAAAGGCAGUUACUAGAAUGAGUGGUCCGAAUGCAUAUAUUAUUAAUAACGAGAAUGAGUUGAUUUUUAGAUGGCUAAAGUAUUUUUCGAUGCGGAAGACUUGAGCGGGAAUCUUAGCUCACUGCGUCGACGACGAAUCUUCACGCGGUAAGACACCGGACAUCGGAUCUAGGACUUAUACGGAGAUUAUGCGAGAGCAGCUGCUCAAAGGAGAAGAAACUGAGUUGAGAAAGAAACUGGUGGAGAAAGCGAAGGAUGGCACACUGAAAGCCAAUGGAGAGCCAAAACCUGCUCCUAAAAAACGUGGUCGGUGGGAUCAGACUGAUGACGCUCCUACGCCAAAAAAAUCAACUGGCACAGCUGCUACACCAACUUCCUGGGACAAUGCAGAUGUAACUCCUGCUGCUAUACGGUGGGAUGAGACACCAGGUCAUGGCAAAGGAGGUGAAACUCCUGGUGCCACACCUGGUGUUAGUACUAGAAUGUGGGAUGCUACUCCAGGGCAUGCGACUCCUGGUGCGGUUACUCCUGGUCGAGAGACUCCUUCGCAUGAAAAGGCUGUCUCCAGUCGGCGAAACAGAUGGGACGAGACGCCUAAAACAGAAAGAGAAACGCCAGGACACAAUAGCGGUUGGGCUGAGACUCCCAGGACGGAUCGUGUGGCCGGAGAUUUGAUUCAGGAAACACCUACGCCGUCUGCAAGUAAACGCAGAAGUCGUUGGGAUGAGACACCAUCUAAUCAAACUCCAGGAUCAAUGACACCGCAGACUCCAGCCACACCUUUGACUACUCCGCAUCAAAGUUCUAUACUGACUCCUAGUGGAGUCACUCCGACAGGGCCAAAAGCUAUGGGAUUGGCCACUCCGACACCUGGACAUCUCAUGUCCAUGACUCCUGAACAACUUCAGGCUUAUCGUUGGGAACGAGAAAUCGAUGAACGUAACAGACCACUUUCGGAUGAUGAAUUGGAUGCUAUGUUUCCACCAGGAUACAAAGUUCUUCAACCGCCUGCUGGAUACAUACCCAUCAGGACUCCUGCCAGGAAACUUACAGCAACACCUACUCCUGUUGCCGGAACUCCUCAUGGAUUUUUCAUCCAGACUGAAGAUAAAAGUGCUAAAUUCGUGGAUAACCAACCAAAAGGCAAUCUUCCUUUCAUGAAGCCUGAGGACGCUCAGUACUUUGACAAACUUCUAGUGGACGUUGACGAAGAGUCUUUGAGUCCUGAGGAACAGAAGGAACGUAAAAUCAUGAAGCUUUUGUUAAAAAUAAAAAACGGUACACCACCUAUGCGUAAAGCAGCACUGAGGCAGAUCACCGACAAAGCCAGAGAGUUUGGUGCUGGUCCAUUGUUCAAUCAGAUUCUGCCGCUUCUUAUGUCACCCACAUUGGAGGAUCAGGAACGUCAUCUUCUUGUCAAAGUCAUUGAUAGAAUACUCUACAAGCUUGAUGACCUCGUAAGACCCUACGUUCACAAAAUCUUGGUCGUUAUCGAACCAUUACUUAUCGAUGAGGAUUACUAUGCCCGUGUGGAAGGUCGUGAAAUUAUAUCGAACUUGGCUAAGGCUGCAGGGUUGGCCACAAUGAUCUCUACAAUGAGACCCGACAUUGAUAACAUUGACGAAUACGUCAGGAAUACCACAGCCAGGGCCUUCGCCGUCGUUGCAUCAGCUCUUGGAAUUCCAUCGCUGUUGCCUUUUCUAAAGGCUGUAUGUCGUAGUAAAAAAUCCUGGCAGGCUCGACACACUGGCAUAAAGAUUGUUCAGCAAAUAGCAAUUCUCAUGGGCUGUGCAAUUUUGCCUCACUUGAAGAGCUUAGUAGAAAUCAUUGAACACGGACUGGUCGAUGAGCAACAAAAGGUUCGUACUAUCACAGCUUUGGCUAUUGCUGCCUUAGCCGAAGCUGCGACUCCCUAUGGUAUUGAAAGUUUCGAUUCUGUUCUAAAACCAUUGUGGAAAGGUAUAAGGACUCAUCGUGGAAAGGGCUUAGCUGCUUUUCUCAAAGCUAUUGGUUACCUUAUCCCUCUUAUGGACGCCGAAUAUGCGAACUAUUAUACUCGUGAAGUGAUGUUGAUUCUCAUACGGGAGUUCCAGUCGCCUGACGAGGAGAUGAAGAAGAUUGUAUUAAAGGUCGUUAAACAAUGUUGCGGUACCGAUGGUGUGGAAGCGCAAUACAUAAAGGACGAAAUUCUUCCACACUUUUUCAAACAUUUCUGGAAUCAUCGUAUGGCACUUGACCGUAGAAAUUACAGACAGUUAGUAGACACCACUGUGGAGAUAGCCAACAAAGUUGGCGCUUCAGAAAUAAUAAAUCGCGUAGUCGAUGACCUUAAGGAUGAAAAUGAGCAAUACAGAAAGAUGGUCAUGGAGACAAUUGAAAAGAUUAUGGGUAAUUUGGGUGCGGCCGAUGUGGACUCUCGUUUGGAGGAACAACUCAUUGACGGAAUCCUUUACGCUUUUCAGGAACAGACAACUGAGGACGUGGUGAUGCUCAAUGGCUUCGGUACUAUUGUCAAUACAUUGGGUAAACGUGUAAAGGCUUAUCUACCUCAAAUUUGUGGUACGAUUCUCUGGCGAUUGAAUAACAAAUCGGCCAAAGUUCGUCAACAGGCUGCAGAUCUUAUAUCGCGAAUUGCAGUCGUGAUGAAGACUUGUCAAGAGGAGAAACUUAUGGGACAUUUGGGUGUUGUCCUUUACGAGUAUCUAGGUGAAGAAUAUCCUGAGGUACUUGGCAGUAUUCUUGGAGCUUUGAAAGCUAUUGUAAAUGUAAUCGGAAUGACAAAGAUGACUCCACCUAUAAAGGAUCUACUACCUCGUCUGACGCCGAUCCUCAAAAACAGACACGAGAAGGUGCAAGAAAACUGUAUUGAUCUUGUUGGAAGAAUAGCAGACAGAGGUCCGGAAUAUGUUUCAGCCAGAGAAUGGAUGCGCAUUUGUUUUGAGUUGUUGGAACUCUUGAAAGCUCAUAAAAAAGCUAUUCGCAGAGCCACAGUUAAUACAUUCGGUUACAUAGCUAAAGCUAUCGGCCCGCACGACGUUCUCGCGACGCUUUUAAACAAUCUGAAGGUGCAAGAGAGACAAAAUCGCGUUUGCACUACUGUCGCAAUAGCCAUCGUAGCUGAAACUUGCAGUCCAUUCACAGUACUACCAGCCCUGAUGAACGAGUACAGAGUUCCUGAGUUAAAUGUACAGAAUGGAGUACUAAAAUCCUUGUCAUUCUUAUUCGAGUACAUCGGUGAGAUGGGUAAAGAUUACAUCUAUGCAGUGAGUCCUCUCCUGGAAGAUGCUCUUAUGGACAGAGACCUGGUACACAGGCAAACAGCCUGUGCAGCAAUAAAACACAUGGCACUCGGUGUCUAUGGAUUUGGUUGUGAAGAUGCUUUAAUUCAUCUCCUGAAUCACGUAUGGCCGAACGUUUUCGAAACUUCCCCGCAUCUGGUACAAGCUUUCAUGGACGCCGUGGAUGGUCUUCGUGUCGCUCUAGGUCCGAUUAAGAUACUUCAGUAUACGCUACAAGGAUUGUUCCAUCCUGCGCGGAAAGUGCGCGACGUUUAUUGGAAAAUAUAUAAUUCGCUUUAUAUCGGUGGUCAGGAUGCACUAGUCGCCGGCUAUCCCAGGAUCAUGAAUGACCCAAAGAAUCAGUACAUCAGGUACGAGCUCGAUUACGUCUUGUAAUCGGAUGCUUGGGAGCGUCGUUAUUCUGUACAUUAAUAAGUUCUAUUCCGUAGCAUAAUCAGGUUUAUUAUUUGUUUGUAAUAUUGCACCUAGCGUUAGGGCAGAAUAAAGUACUCGAUGUUAUUUAUACCCGGACUAAGUUCACUGUCGAUGAUGGUUUUAAAAUCUGUCGUGUUGACAGCCUCGCAGUGAGAAAGUCGAUACAUCAGUGUCAAUAAAGAAUUCUUCUGUCUGCAAAA